ACCCCGCUCAAGCUGCUGAGGAUCCGCUGCCUGGCAUUCUCUCGGUCUUUUGUCAGAGCCAGAGCUGCAUUCAGUUGCGAGAGGCCUGUUUAGGAGCAGCUGGACGCCUGCUGAGAGCCGCAAGCUCCCUAGGGCAGUUGACAACCUGGGAAGGAGGUUCCCUGCUCGUGGCGCUGCUCCUGGUGCUUCCAAUCCGCACGAGUUGGUCUCCAGACUGAAAACAGCAGAGCGGCUACCAGACUCUCACAGGAGCAAGCUGUAACAUGCAAUCGCCCGCAAGCCGGUGCGGACGCGCCUUGGUGGCGCUGCUGCUGGCCUGUGGCUUCUUGGGGGUAUGGGGAGAGAAAAGAGGAUUCCCACCUGCCCAAGCCACGCUGUCACUUCUCGGGACUAAAGAGGUAAUGACGCCACCCACUAAGACCUCCUGGACCAGAGGUUCCAACUCCAGUCUGAUGCGUUCCUCCGCACCUGCGGAGGUGACCAAAGGAGGGAGGGGGGCUGGAGUCCCGCCAAGAUCCUUCCCUCCUCCGUGCCAACGAAAUAUUGAGAUCAGCAAGACUUUUAAAUACAUCAACACGAUUGUGUCGUGCCUCGUGUUCGUGCUAGGCAUCAUCGGGAACUCCACGCUGCUAAGAAUCAUCUACAAGAACAAGUGCAUGCGCAAUGGUCCCAAUAUCUUGAUCGCCAGUCUGGCUCUGGGAGACCUACUGCACAUCAUCAUAGACAUACCCAUUAACACCUACAAGUUGCUCGCAGAGGACUGGCCAUUUGGAGCUGAGAUGUGUAAGCUGGUGCCCUUCAUACAGAAGGCUUCUGUGGGAAUCACAGUGCUGAGUCUUUGUGCUCUAAGUAUUGACAGAUAUCGAGCUGUUGCUUCUUGGAGUCGAAUUAAAGGAAUUGGGGUUCCAAAAUGGACAGCAGUAGAAAUUGUUUUAAUUUGGGUGGUCUCUGUGGUUCUGGCUGUCCCCGAAGCCAUAGGUUUUGAUAUGAUUACGUCGGACUACAAAGGAAAGCCCCUAAGGGUCUGCAUGCUUAAUCCCUUUCAGAAAACAGCCUUCAUGCAGUUUUACAAGACAGCCAAAGAUUGGUGGCUGUUCAGUUUCUACUUCUGCUUGCCGCUAGCCAUCACUGCAGUCUUUUAUACCCUGAUGACCUGCGAAAUGCUCAGGAAGAAGAGCGGUAUGCAGAUUGCUUUGAAUGAUCACUUAAAGCAGAGACGAGAAGUGGCCAAGACAGUCUUCUGCCUGGUCCUCGUGUUUGCUCUCUGUUGGCUUCCCCUUCACCUCAGCCGGAUCCUGAAGCUCACCCUGUAUGACCAGAGCAAUCCACACAGGUGUGAGCUUCUGAGCUUUUUGUUGGUUUUGGACUACAUUGGUAUCAACAUGGCUUCUUUGAACUCCUGCAUCAAUCCAAUCGCUCUGUAUUUGGUGAGCAAAAGAUUCAAAAACUGCUUUAAGUCAUGUUUGUGCUGCUGGUGCCAAACGUUUGAGGAAAAGCAGUCCUUGGAGGAGAAGCAGUCCUGCCUGAAGUUCAAAGCCAACGAUCACGGAUAUGACAACUUCCGGUCCAGCAAUAAAUACAGCUCGUCUUGAAGGCAAGAACACUCGCCGAAUCUCACUGUCCUCAUUGUGGACAGAUACCAUUAAAACAAAAUGAAACCGUUGCCAAAUCAAAAUGGAAAAAACCAUGCUAGCAGAAAGGUGUGCGCGCGUGUGAGAGGGAUUAUUUUUAACUGUUCUGACGCUCAACACCGGAUAUAUUCACGGGCUGUUUACAACCUAAGAAAGCUGUGGGAAGGAAUGAAGCCCUCCUCCGUGGGGAAGCACUUAGAUUCUUAGUCAGCACUUCAGCAGAGCUCUUAAAAGCCCCUAGUGCGUUCACAUGCCACUUACGUUUAAAAAAACGAGAACUUCACUGAAGUUCUGUUCAGGAGUUUAUUAUCCAGUCCUAUGAAUCUGGAUUCAAGAAAGCAUGACAUUGCAAAACAAUUCUUAAAACGAAGUUUCAAUUGCUUAAUUUGAAACUUAAAAAAAAAAAAACUAAUAAAUUUUUAUGCAUACUAUCAUACCCACUAAUCUGAUUGUAACUAUAUGCAAAAGAAAAGGCAAUAUGGUUGGUAAACUUUUUUGGUCAUUACCAACAUUGAAAUGAUCAGAAUUCGGGGGAAGAAAAGACAGCCUGCGAAUGCCACAGAGAAAACAUGGGAAAGCGUGAGCUGCUAUGCCUGAGACUUCUGAAAUUCCCUCACACAUACUCUGCAGAAAGACACAAAACAGAACACUACCUAUGAUUUCUUUAAAGUUCUUUCAAAUAUCCUUUCAUGAUUGAAGUUUAAAUUCCAUGUGUUCAACUUCAUCAUCUGUAAAUACUUAGCUAUUAGCUAUAAGCACUACACGUAGAGGACUUAACAAAGGGCAGGUCCCAGCGUUCGUAGCUUUCUGACAAAGAGAUGCCAGUAACCCGGUUAUAGACAGAAUGUGAAUUGCCCGGUGCAGUGUCCACAUGGCAAAGAAGCAGGGAGCAUCCUUUCAGCCAUGCUGUAGAGAAAAUGGUCCACAGCACAAUAUGAUAGCGAAAAUACCGUGGUUUAACGCCAUAGAAAAUAGUCACUGUAACCAGCUCUCUCGGAGGCAUACUACCAACUUUUUAUGUUAUUCCUGAAAAUAGCCAAUAGAAAGGCGUUCUGGACAUGGUGCUUUUUCUAAAACGUAGAAGCCAAACUGCUUCGGGGUCUGCAAGAUCCUCCUCUUUGCGCAUUCUUGUCUAGGUUUUUUUUUUUUUUUUUUAAUCUCCUUCCACGACGUGCCUUAGGUUCACUCCGGAUGAGCGGUGUGUGAAAGAAUGCCCAAGAGAAAACUGAAGAGAGAGGAAAUGAGGUGGGGCCAGAGGAAGCCCGUGGGGAAAUAUUCCCAUUCUUAGCCCUGUGUUCGUCACUGCCACGUCAUGUCGGUGUGAAAGGUCCUGGUUCGGCUCCAGCAAAACAAAGCGCAGCGUUCUCAGCGUGACUCGGGAACAAACCAAGCCCGAGAGCUUUAACCUUGUCUUAAAAUAUAACAGAUUUUCCUUCCUUCCUUUUUCUCUUUCUUCUCUUCUCUUCUCUUCUCUUCUCUUCUCUUCUCUUCUCUUCUCUUCUCUUCUUUUCAUAACCCAGGCCACAUGUUGAAAAUGAGCUUAACAAUGCAGUUUUCUACCAAAAUCAUUGUGACAAUACAAUAAACCCAAACGGGACAAUGAGGUAAAAAACCAAGAACAAUACUGAAUCCACGUGACACAUGACUCUCUUUAGGAGUCACCCACAGUUCUUGUGUGUACAGAUUGCUUUUUAAUCAUAAAGGACGCCCCAGAUCUUCAAUUUUAAGUUAGUUAUUGGCUCCCCAGUAGUUUCACAGCGUGGAUAUAUUUUUAAUUUUUACUAAGUUUUAGAUUGGUUUUAUUGUUGUGUUCUAAAUUCUUAAGUCCUAACAUCUUUGUUUAACCCAGAUGUUCCUUCCCUCUUCAUGGGCAAUAAUCGUCCUGCCAAAUUAUGAAAUGGCAUAAGAAUACUAUUCACAUAAUAUAUACAAUAAAACUAUAUUAAGUGGCUUUUUUAUUAAAAAUUUUAGCACACAGACCAAGGGUGAUAAGAAAAAAAACAUGAUUCCCUUGCAUAAUUAAAACCAAGAUAAGAGAAGGUACCAUCUAAUUUAAAGCAUAUUUUCUAACAUUUAAGUAGCCUAAUAUAGCAAUGCAUAAAAAUAGUGUUAACAAGGAUGUUAGAGGUCAAACGAUUUGUAAGUGACUUCAGCCUAUUUUCUCCCAAAUUAUUUACUGCUAUUUUUGGUCUGUGUUCAAACAUUUUCAGUAUUGAUAAUGUGCAACAGCCAAAGGAACACUGUUUUCAUCCAAAUGCGGGUGUGUUGUACCUAACAUGCACUUGUAAUAAAGCCGUGUAAAAUAACUGUGUUUUGUUUUGCUCUGGUCACCUAAAGUGGCAGCUUGUGUCGUUGCUAACUUCUUGUUGAGUAAGCAAAACCAAUAAACGUUCAAAUGGUUUAAAAGA